GAGUUUAAGUCUACAGACCAGAAGUACAAGUCGAGACUGAGGAGCCGUAUCUCCAACCUGAAGGACCAGAAGAACCCAGACCUCCGACGGAACGUCCUCGCUGGAAACAUCUCUGCAGACCGCAUCGCUAACAUGGCCGCUGAGGUACAUGGGGGGGGGGGGGGGGGGGGGGGGGUGAAGAAUAUGUGUUUGUGAGAGAGAGAGAGAGAGAGAGAGGUGUCUGUGUAUUUCAUGUUUUAGCAGUAAACUCCUUAAGGCAGCAUGCUUCAGUUCAGCUGGUGUCUACCCGAACCGAACGAGUAUACUCCCUUAAAAUACCUUCGCUUGAAAAAACGAAGACGCCGUAGCCAGACAAAAUAGUCAGAAUUAAUCUUAAGAUAACUCAAGAAAUGUGUCAUUAAUUUUGACGUUUUUUGCUGAGGAGAUCAUAGUCGCGCAAUUUUACAUCUAACAAAGAUGUUUGGUGCAGUAUUUCUCAAAGUAAAAAAUGUGCAUGAAAGCGAGUCGUAUCUCGUUUGAAUGACAACAAACGCUUCAAUGUAGAAUCCUUACGGUUGACCAAUCACCGACGAAGGGGCGUGGACUUUGGCUACCGACUUCGGCUUGCCUCGAGCAAAAGAAUUGUGUGCCCGAACAGCCGAGGAAAAAAACCCUGGGAAGCACGCGGACGCCUUUACACACUUGAAAUAUGAGGUUUACUCUAAAAUAGUGAUAAUGGUUUGUGUGAACUUCUUAUCUGACACUGAGACCGUUCUGGAAGGUCAAUUCUUACACAAUGGUGUGUCUGUGUGUGACCCGACAGGAGAUGGCGAGUGCGGAGCUGAAAGAGAUGAGGAAGACUUUGACCAAGGACGCCAUCAGAGAGCACCAGCUGUCCAAAGUGGGCGGGACCGAGACGGACAUGUUCCAAUGUGGCAAAUGCAGGGGCAAGAACUGCACCUAUACACAGGUACUGACAUAGUCAACUGGACCUCUACACAGGUACUGACCUAAUACUAAUACAGGUACUGACCUAAUACUAAUACAGAUACUGACCUAAUACUAAUACAGGUACUGACCUAAUACUAAUACAGAUACUGACCUAAUACUAAUACAGAUACUGACCUAAUACUAAUACAGAUACUGACCUAAUACUAAUACAGAUACUGACCUAAUACUAAUACAGAUACUGACCUAAUACUAAUACAGAUACAGACCUAAUACUAAUACAGGUACUGACCUAAUACUAAUACAGAUACUGACCUAAUACUAAUACAGAUACUGACCUAAUACUAAUACAGAUACUGACCUAAUACUAAUACAGAUACUGACCUAAUACUAAUACAGAUACUGACCUAAUACUAAUACAGACCUAAUACUAAUACAGAUACUGACCUAAUACUAAUACAGAUACUGACCUAAUACUAAUACAGAUACUGACCUAAUACUAAUACAGAUACAGACCUAAUACUAAUACAGAUACUGACCUAAUACUAAUACAGAUACUGACCUAAUACUAAUACAGAUACUGACCUAAUACUAAUACAGAUACUGACCUAAUACUAAUACAGAUACGGUACUCGAGAGGUAGGCUACUGGCGACCCGCGGGCCAAAACUGGACUGAAAGUAUCGUAUUUUUUUUGGACAGCCGAAGAUUUUAGUGGGAAAAAAAUAUUAAUCUAUAUACACAGAGCAUUCGGAAAGUAUUCAGACCCCUUCACUUUUUCCUCAUUUUGUAAUAUUACAGCCUUAUUCUAAAAUAGAUUAAAUAGUUUGUGACACUACAAGCUUGGCACACCUGUAUUUGGGGAGUUUCUCCCAUUCUUCUCUGCAGAUCCUCUCAAGCUCUGUCAGGUUGGAUGGGGAGCGUCACUGCACAGAUAUUUUCAGGUCUCUCCAGAGAUGUUUGAUCGGGUUCAAGUCCGGGCUCUGGCUGGGCCACUCAAGGACAUUCAGAGACUUGUCCCGAAGCCACUCCUGCGUUGUCUUGGCUGUGGGCUUAGGGUCGUUGUCCUGUUGGGAGGUGAACCUUCGUCCCAGUCUGAGGUCCUGAGAGCUCUGGAGCAGGUUUUCAUCAAGGAUCUCUCUGUAUUUUGCUCCAUUAAUCUUUCCCUCGAUCCUGACUAGUCUCCCAGUCCCUGCCGCUGAAAAACAUCCCCACAGCAUGAUGCUUCCACCACCAUGCUUCACCCUAGGGAUGGUGCCAGGUUUCCUCCAGACGUGAAGCUUGGCAUUCAGGCCACAGAGUUCAAUCUUGGUUUCGUCAGACCAGAUAAUCUUGUUUCUCAUGGUCCUUUAGGUGCCUUUUGGCUCCAAGUGGUCUGUCAUGUGCCUUUUACUGAGGAGUGGCUUCCGUCUGGCCACUCUACCAUAAAGGCCUGAUUGGUGGAGUGCUGCAGAGAUGGUUGUCCUUCUGGAAGUUUAUCCCAUCUCCACAGAGGAACUCUGGAGCUCUGUCAGAGUGACCAUCAGGUUCUUGGUCACCUCCCUGACCAAGGCCCUUCUCCCCCGAUUGCUCAGUUUGGCAAGGCAGCCAGCUCUAGAAAGAGUCUUGGUGGUUCUAAACUUCAUCCAUUUAAGAAUAAUGGAGGCCACUGUGUUCUUGGGGACCUUCAAUGCCGCAGAAAUGUUUUGGUACCCUUCCCCAGAUCUGUGCCUCGACACAACCCUGUCUCGGAGCUCUAGGGACAAUUCCUUCGACCUCAUGGCUUGGUUUUUGCUGACAUGCACUGUCAACUGUGGGACCUUAUAUAGACAGGUGUGUGCCUUUCCAGAUCAUGUCCAAUCACUUGAAUUUACCACAGGUAGACUCCAGUCAAGUUGAAGAAACAUCUCAAGGAUGAUCAAUGGAAACAGGAUGCACCUGAGCUCAAUUUCGAGUCUCAUAGCAAAGGGUCUGAAUACUUAAGAAAUUAGCAAACAUUUCUAAAAACCUAUUUUCGCUUUGUCAUUAUGGGGUAUUGUGUGUAGAUUGAGGAAAUAAAUGUAUUUAAUCAAUUUUAGAAUAAGGCUGUAACGUAACAAAAUGUGGAAAAAGUCAAGGGGUCUGAAUAAUUUCAGAAUGCACUGUGUAUAUAUAUAAACUACAGUUGAAAAGUUUGGGGUCACUUAGAAAUUGAAAUUUUCGAAAGAAAUGCAAUUUUUUUGUCCAUUUAAAAUAACAUCAAAUUGAUCAGAAACACAGUGUAGACAUUGUUAAUGUUGUAAAUGGCUAUUGUAGCUGGAAACGGCUGAUUUUUAAUGGAAUAUCUACAUAGGCGUACAGAGGCCCAUUAUCAGCAACCAUCAGUCCUGUGUUCCAAUGGCACGUUGUGUUUGCUAAUUCAAGUUUAUCAUUUUAAAAGGCAAAUUGAUCAUUAGAAAACCCUUUUGCAAUUAUGUUAGCACAGCUGAAAACGGUUGUGCUGAUUAAAGAAGCAAUAAAACUGGCCUUCUUGAGACUAGUUGAGUAUCUGGAGCAUCAGCAAUUGUGGGUUCGAUUACAGGAUCAAAAUGGCCAGAAACAAAUAACUUUCUUCUGAAACUCGUCGGUCUAUUCUUGAAGGCUAUUCCAUGCGAGAAAUUGCCAAGAAACUGAAGAUCUCGUACAAUGCUGUGUACUACUCCCUUCACAGAACAGCGCAAACUGUCUCUAACCAGAAUAGAAAGAGGAGUGGGAGGCCCCGGUGCACAACUGAGCAAGAGGACAAAUUCAUUAGAGUGUCUAGUUUGAGAAACAGACGCCUCACAGGUCCUCAACUGGCAGCUUCAUUAAAUAGCACCCGCAAAACACCAGUCUCAACGUCAACAGUGAAGAGGCGACUCCGGGAUGCUGACCUUCUAGGCAGAGUUGCAAAGAGAAAGUCCAGUGUCUGUGUUCUUUUUCCCAACUUAAUCUUUUCUUUUUAUUGGCCAGUCUGAGAUAUGGCUUUUUAUUUCCAACUCUGCCUACAAGGUCAGCAUCCCCGGAGUCGCCGACCAUCCGCUCUGACAAAAAUCAGCCCACGGCUGAAUUUAGUUGCCUACCCCUGCUGUACACGCUGUCUCUCCCUGUGUUUUCUAGGUGCAGACGCGCAGUGCUGAUGAACCCAUGACCACCUUCGUACUGUGCAACGGCUGUGGCAACCGCUGGAAGGUAGGCAGUAUACCAUACUCCCUAGUUAUAGACACUACCCUGCUCCCUAGUUAUAGACACUACCCUGCUCCCUAGUUAUAGACACUACCCUGCUCCCUAGUUAUAGACACUACCCUGCUCCCUAGUUAUAGACACUACCCUGCUCCCUAGUCAUAGACACUACCCUGCUCCCUAGUUAUAGACACUACCCUGCUCCCUAGUUAUAGACACUACCCUGCUCCCUAGUUAUAUACACUACCCUGCUCCCUAGUUAUAGACACUACCCUGCUCCCUAGUCAUAGACACUACCCUGCUCCCUAGUCAUAGACCACUACCCUGCUCCCUAGUUAUAGACACUACCCUGCUCCCUAGUCAUAGACACUACCCUGCUCCCUAGUUAUAGACACUACCCUGCUCCCUAGUUAUAGACCUAACACCUGCUCCCUAGUUAUAGACACUACCCUGCUCCCUAGUCAUAGACACUACCCUGCUCCCUAGUUAUAGACACUACCCUGCUCCCUAGUUAUAGACACUACCCUGCUCCCUAGUCAUAGACACUAACCCUGCUCCCUAGUUAUAGACACUACCGUGCUCCCUAGUUAUAGACACUACCACCCUGCUCCCUAGUUAUAGACACUACCCUGCUCCCUAGUCAUAGACACUACCCUGCUCCCUAGUUAAUAGACCAACUACCCUGCUCCCUAGUCAUAGACACUACCCUGCUCCUAGUUAUAGACACUACCGUGCUCCCUAGUUAUAGACACUACCCUGCUCCCUAGUUAUAGACACUACCCUGCUCCCUAGUUAUAGACACUACCCUGCUCCCUAGUUAUAGACACUACCCUGCUCCCUAGUUAUAGACACUACCAUGCUCCCUAGUUAUAGACACUACCCUGCUCCCUAGUUAUAGACAUACCUGCCCCAGCUGACACUACCCUGCUCCCUAGUUAUAACCACUACCCUGCUCCCUAGUUAUAGACACUACCCUGCUCCCUAGUUAUAGACACUACCCUGCUCCCUAGUUAUAGACACUACCCUGCUCCCUAGUUAUAGACACUACCCUGCUCCCUAGUUAUAGACACUACCCUGCUCCCUAGUUAUAGACACUACCCUGCUCCCUAGUUAUAGACACUACCCUGCUCCCUAGUUAUAGACACUACCCUGCUCCCUAGUUAAGACACUACCCUGCUCCCUAGUUAUAGACACUACCUGCUCCCUAGUUAUAGACACUACCCUGCUCCCUAGUAUAGACACUACCCUGCUCCCUAGUUAUAACACUACCCUGCUCCCUAGUAUAGACACUACCCUGCUCCCUAGUUAUAUACACUACCCUGCUCCCUAGUUAUAGACACUACCCUGCUCCUAGUUAUAGACACUACCCUGCUCCCUAGUGCAUAGACACUACCCUGCUCCCUAGUAUAGACACUACCCACUGCUCCCUAGUUAUAGACACUACCCUGCUCCCUAGUUAUAGACACUACCCCUGCUCCUAGUUUAUAGACACUACCAUCCUCUCCUAGUUAUAGAACUACCUGCUCCAAUAGUUUAUAGACACUUACCCUGACUCCCUAGUUAGUAGGACACUACCCCCUGCCUCCCUAGUCCUAGACAACUACCCGUGCUCCCUAGUCCUAAGACCACUCCCCUGCUCCCUAGUCAUAGACAACUACCCUGCUCACUAGUUAUAGACCACUACCCGUUCUCCCUAGUUCUAGACACUACCCAUGCUCCCUAGUCCAUAGGACACUACCCUGCUCCUAGUUAUAGACACUACCCUGCUCCCUAGUUAUAUACACUAACCCUGGCUCCCAUAGUUAUAUACCACUACCCAUGGCUCCCUAGUUUAUAGACACUACCCUGCUCCCUAGUUAUUAGACACUAACCCUGCCUACCCUAGUUAUAGACCACUACCCUGCUACCCUAAGUUCCAUAUACACACCAACCCUGCCUCCCUAGUAUAUACACUACCCUGCUCCCUAGUUAUAGACACUACCCUGCUCCCUAGUUAUAGACACUACCCUGCUCCCUAGUUAUAGACACUACCCUGCUCCCUAGUUAUAGACACUACCCUGCUCCCUAGUUAUAGACACUACCCUGCUCCCUAGUUAUAGACACUACCAUGCUCCUAGUUAUAGACACUACCCUGCUCCCUAGUUAUAGACACUACCUGUCCCUGUUUAGACACUCCUGCCCUAGUUAUAGACACUACCCUGCUCCCUAGUCAUAGACCACUACCACUGCUCCCUAGUUAUAGACACUACCCUGCUCCCUAGUAUAGACACUACCCUGCUCCCUAGUUAUAGCACUACCGCUCCUAGCAUAGACACUACCUGCUCCCUAGUUAUAGACACUACCCUGCUCCCUAGUCAUAGACACUACCCUGCUCCCUAGUUAUAGACACUACCCUGCUCCCUAGUUAUAGACACUACCCUGCUCCCUAGUUAUAGACACUACCCUGCUCCCUAGUUAUAGACACUACCCUGCUCCCUAGUCAUAGACACUACCCUGCUCCCUAGUUAUAGACACUACCCUGCUCCCUAGUUAUAGACACUACCCUGCUCCCUAGUCAUAGACACUACCCUGCUCCCUAGUCAUAGACACUACCCUGCUCCCUAGUAUAGACACUACCUGCUCCUAGUCAUAGACACUACCUGCUCCCAUAGACAUUUCCCAAUAGACACUACCCUGCUCCCUAGUCAUAGACACUACCCUGCUCCCUAGUUAUAGACACUACCCUGCUCCCUAGUCAUAGACACUACCCUGCUCCCUAGUUAUAGACACUACCACACCUGCUCCCUAGUUAUAGACACUACCCUGCUCCCUAGUUAUAGACACUACCCUGCUCCCUAGUUAUAGACACUACCCUGCUCCCUAGUUAUAGACACUACCCUGCUCCCUAGUUAUAGACACAUACCCUGCUCCCUAGUUAUAGACACUACCCUGCUCCCUAGUUAUAGACACUACCCUGCUCCCUAGUUAUAGACACUACCCUGCUCCCUAGUUAUAGACACUACCCUGCUCCCUAGUUAUAGACACUACCCUGCUCCCUAGUAUAGACACUACCCUGCUCCCUAGUUAUACACUACCACUACCCUGCUCCCUAGUUAUAGACAUACCCUGUCCUAGUAAACACUACCCUGCUCCCUAGUAUAGACACUACCCUGCUCCCUAGUUAUAGACACUACCCUGCUCCCUAGUAUAGACAUACCUGCUCCCUAGUUAUAGACACUACCCUGCUCCCUAGUCAUAGACACUACCCUGCUCCCUAGUUAUAGACACUACCCUGCUCCCUAGUUAUAGACACUACCCUGCUCCCUAGUUAUAGACACUACCCUGCUCCCUAGUUAUAGACACUACCCUGCUCCUAGUCAUAGACACUACCCUGCUCCCUAGUUAUAGACACUACCCUGCUCCCUAGUUAUAGACACUACCCUGCUCCCUAGUCAUAGACACUACCCUGCUCCCUAGUUAUAGACACUACCCUGCUCCCUAGUUAUAGACACUACCCUGCUCCCUAGUUAUAGACACUACCCUGCUCCCUAGUUAUAGACACUACCCUGCUCCCUAGUUAUAGACACUACCCUGCUCCCUAGUUAUAUACACUACCCUGCUCCCUAGUUAUAUACACUACCCUGCUCCCUAGUUAUAUACACUACCCUGCUCCCUAGUCAUAGACACUACCCUGCUCCCUAGUUAUAGACACUACCCUGCUCCCUAGUUAUAGACACUACCCUGCUCCCUAGUUAGACACUACCCUGCUCCCUAGUUAUAGACACUACCCUGCUCCCUAGUUAUAGACACUACCCUGCUCCCUAGUUAUAGACACUACACCCUGCUCCCUAGUUAUAGACACUACCCUGCUCCCUAGUUAUAGACACUACCCUGCUCCCUAGUUAUAGACACUACCCUGCUCCCUAGUUAUAGACACUACCCUGCUCCCUAGUUAUAGACACUACCCUGCUCCCUAGUUAUAUACACUACCCUGCUCCCUAGUCAUAGACACUACCCUGCUCCCUAGUCAUAGACACUACCCUGCUCCCUAGUUAUAGACACUACCCUGCUCCCUAGUUAUAGACACUACCCUGCUCCCUAGUUAUAGACACUACCCUGCUCCCUAGUUAUAGACACUACCCUGCUCCCUAGUUAGACACUACCCUGCUCCUAGUUAUGACACUACCCUGCUCCUAGUUAUAGACACUACCCUGCUCCCUAGUUAAGACACUACCCUGCUCCCUAGUUAUAUACACUACCCUGCUCCCUAGUUAUAGACACUACCCUGGGAGCACCUUAUGUAUUAGAUCUGAAGUGGUGUUUGGGGCUAGAGGUCUUCAUGGAUCCACCUGUUACCCGAAUACCUGAGACCCGAUCCGGGACCCGAGUCGCUCCAGAUACAAACAUUCUAAAUAAUGUCACAGGUCUGGGUCCGAUCUGAUAUGAUUGUCUCGGGUAUGUGUAAUUUUAACUGACUUGUCCGGAGGACCCGUACAGAUCGGAACGCGACGGCUGCAGCAGCGCCAGGGUCAGGGUCCGAUCUGAUAUGAGGAGGACCCGUACAGAUCGGAACGCGACGGCUGCAGCAGCGCCAGGGCGAGUGAAUAAUGUCACAGGUCAGGGUCCGAUCUGAUAUGAGGAGGACCCGUACAGAUCGGAACGCGACGGCUGCAGCAGCGCCAGGGCGAGAGACAUUGUGUCGUCUACGCUGCUGCUCUUUGCUUUUCACCAGAGUGGCGUGUGCAGCUUGUUGUUGGCCAAUCAGAAGUCACGAAGAGCCAGCAGGUCCAUUUCGGAACUGGUCUGACUUUUUCUAGUUGGAGUUAGGAUUGAUAAGGGUUUGGGCAUAUUACUGAUUUCCAUAUGGACCCCUAACCCCUACCCUCUUAAGUACUUCUCUAGAUCUUACAUGAUUGGAACGGUACUCGUAUGGGUGGCAGGUAGCUUUGUGGUUAAGUGCGUUGUGCCAGUAACCGAAAGGUCGCUGGUUCUAAUCCCCGAGCCGACUAGGUGAAAAAUCUGUCGACGUGCCCUUGAGCAAGGCACUUAACCCUAAUUGCUCCUGUAAGUCGCUCUGGAAAAGAGCAUCUGCUAAAUGACUAAAAUGUAAAUGUAAUUUUGUAUGGUGGUUCACCUUCUGAUUUGGUUAGGGGGAAUGUUUACCAUAUUGCUCCAGUCCUGUCAGAUCUGCAGGCAUGUGUAUAGGGGUAGAGACAAGGGGUUCAUUUGGAAUCUCAACAUUUGACUAAUGCGAGGUUACCUAACCUUGACUCGGUGUGAUUUGUAAAUAAGGGCUUGGCUAGUCAGCCCUGCUGCAGUACAACAGUGUCACCACAAGAUGGCAGCAGACAUUGUCAAGCAGUGGUGACUCUACCAGUGCCACUGUGGUGUGUGAACAUGCUGACUUCUAAUGAAGUUGUUACAUUCUCUCCCAUCAGGAUAAUACAACAUACCUACCAGACACUUUAUUCUCUCAUGUGUACCCACAUUUGAGUCAUUUAGCAGAUGCUCUUAUCCAGAGUGACUUGCAACCAGGGCAUUCAACUAAAUGAAAUCAACCACAUGCCAUGAUCAUUGCAAGUAAAACCUUUAAUAAAAUAUGAUGUCAUGGAUUAAUCCAACCUUUUCUCCCACCUCUCCAGUUCUGUUGAGGAGAAGAUGAUGUCAUGGAUUUGCUGCGAGAUGAGCUGACAUUUUUGUUACAACUGCAAAUAGUUUUUCCUGUUGUUUUUAUUUUGUUUUGAUACCUUUUUUUUUUUUUUUUUUUUUUUUUUUACAUUUACUCAUAAAUCUGGAAUAUAUUUUGAGGAGCUAGUCUGGGUGCCUUUCUGUUUCUGCUUGCCACAACCUCUUAUGGAAUGUCAACGAGUUGGCAAGAGCACAAACCGAUCUCGGACCAGGCUGAAGUUGAGCACUCAUUCUUAAAACAAGAUUUUGGUUUGGAUGUUUAUUAGUUGAAGCUAUAUCGUACUAAAAAAGCUUUUGUUUUUGGCAUUAAGGGAACAUAGUGGUGCCUUUCUUUGUCUCUGUGCCAGAAAUGAUGAUUUUACUGUUAGCUUUAUACACUUGCUGUAUAUAGAGUAUAUACACUCUUAGGGUGCGCCCCAAAUGGCACGCUAUUCACUUCACAGGACACUAAAAGUAGUGCACUAUAUAGGGAAUAGGGUGCUAUUUGGGACGCGCGUUUGCUGUACAUAGAACAAGCUGUUGUUUGGUGCUAUUCUGAAUCUACAGUCUAACAUACACACGGCACAGGUUCUUUAAAGAGUUCCAUUUAGGUUUCAAUUAUUCCGUAAAAAAAACGAACGAACGAAAGAAACGGUAGGAUCUGCUGGAAGAUGUAGAGUUGCAGAGGAGUGGAAUGGGAUGAGGAGGAGGGGGACAGCUGUCAGUUUCUCUUCUUGUCCUUCUCUGAUCGUACGUUAGUAACGGUGUUAGCGGGGAGAGGUAGCCUGAUCGUACGUUAGUAACGAGUUAGCGGGGAGAGGUAGCCUGAUCGUACGUUAGUAACGGGUUAGCGGGGAGAGGUAGCCUGAUCGUACGUUAGUAACGGGUUAGCGGGGAGAGGUAGCCUGAUCGUACGUUAGUAAAGGGUUAGCGGGGAGAGGUAGCCUGAUCGUACGUUAGUAAAGGGUUAGCGGGGAGAGGUAGCCUGAUCGUACGUUAGUAACAGGUUAGCGGGGACAGGUAGCCUGAUUGUACGUUAGUAAAGGGUUAGCGGGGACAGGUAGCCUGAUCGUACGUUAGUAAAGGGUUAGCAGGGACUGGAGAAGUAGCCUGAUCGUACGUUAGUAAAGGGUUAGCGGGGAGAAGUAGCCUGAUCGUACGUUAGUAAAGGGUUAGCAGGGACUGGAGAAGUAGCCUGAUCGUACGUUAGUAAAGGGUUAGCGGGGAGAAGUAGCCUGAUCGUACGUUAGUAAAGGGUUAGCAGGGACUGGAGAAGUAGCCUGAUCGUACGUUAGUAAAGGGUUAGCAGGGACUGGAGAAGUAGCCUGAUAUCCAAUGAUAAAACAUAUCUAAAAUGUUGGUUGGAUAUCAGGCUACUGUAGAAGAGGGCAUCCUGACAAAAACGGUCGACUGGUUUGAAAAGUUUUGUCAUGCAAGUGAUUUUAUUUUGUAUGUAAACAUUUGUCCUCCCAACGGGAACUUGUGUCAAUUUAAUUAAAAACAGAUGUAAGGAGUGUGGAACGAGUCUGGGGGUCCUGGUGAGUUCUUGUUAACACUUUGUAAAUGCUAUCAACUGGGCCACGUGCAGAUAUUGUUUAACGUUGCAGAUAGAAAUGUAAUGAAUAGAGCAGACAUGUAGAACAAGGAACCACGUCAGAGAGGCGUGUUUGUUCUACAUAGCAUAUUUCUAUCUGAACGUUCUACAACAUCGUGUCCCACUGAACACGCCCCUAUGCAAAGAAGGUGAAAGACCCAAGGAAAGUUCCAUCUACAUGACGAAAUGUUUGCUUGUGGAAAAGGCCAAAGAAGAACCCCCCCCUCUUGACAAUUUUUACCUGAGUUGUUAUGCCUGAAAUCUCACCCUAUCUUAUAAAAUAUUUGGGAGUACUAGAGAUCUGCAUUUAACUUCAUCAUAUAAUAUAGAAGUUGAUGUACAUUUCCCCAUUACUUCUCACCAGAUCAACUGAAAGUUUGCUGUGGAAAAACCGGAAGAGGAACAAACUAGCCAAUUCACCUGACCCUUUUGCAUGACAUCUCAGCUCUACCUUUGCAUGACACUUACUCUAGGUAUUCCUAGGAGUCCACCUGCUGUUGACCUUAUCAUUGAAUAGAAACCUAAUUGUGCCCAGUAACCGAAAGGUCGCUGGUUCUAAUCCCCGAGCCAACUAGGUGAAAAAUCUGCCGAUGUGCCCUUGAGCAAGGCACUUAACCCUAAUUGCUCCUGUAAGUCGCUCUGGAUGAGAGCGUCUUGCUAAAAUGUAAAUGUCAUUAACCUGUAAACAUCUAUAAAUGACUAAAUGUUGUAGUUCCGUACCACCGAGGUCAUGAGGUAAGUCAUACUAGUUUGUAAUGGUGCAGCUGCCAUUUCCUCCCCGGCCGAGACAGGGUCCUGUUCACAAUGUAGGAAACUGACCAAAAACGGUUCAAAACACAGUGGUAGGUGGCUUUUUUUUUGUUGGGUUUUACAUUGCAAAGCAUUUUGCUACGGUGUGCUGGGAGUGCUUCAAUGUGGUGUGUGUGUGUGUGGAGCGCUGUGUUUAUUUUGGCAAUAGCAGGUUAUUUCCAUACCUGUGGAUCAAGAGCGGGACCAGACCAGCCUGUCAAAUCCCUCGUGUCUACACUUGACACUUACGUGUGACUUCGGCUAUCAGAAUACGAAGAUCGCAUUGAAAAAGUCGCUUUGUGGUCCGAUUUUGUGUUCGGAUCUGGCUGACCACUUCAGGAGGUGGUCAAGGGUGCAUUGCAUGCACAGAUUUCUCCUCAGUUUGGACGCAAUCAGGCUACCGAAAGUGCAUACAUUGGGCGAUGUCAUCGGCACUCCUCCCACAAGUCUCCAGAAAACUUGUGUUUUGGGACCAAGAGUCACCUUUUCAUUAUAACGUUGGAGGAAAUACGUUCCUAGUGUGUGAGGAACGUGUUUUCUGGCAUCAUAAAUGCUAGCCAGCUAGCUAAUAUUUAGAAAAAUUAUUUUUUUGUUUGGCUAACAGAGUUAUGCUAACCCGUUUGCUAUCCCUUUAGCGUUGCUGGCUAGCUACAGAGGUUAGCUGGCUAGUUAGCUACUGCCAUCAGUAGUUGUGUUAUUAUAAUAUUUUCCCUAUUCCACCGUUUUGUAGAAUGCAUACUGGUAUUUGAAUAUAGCGCAGGAAAAGGGAAUCCGGACACACUGUGGACACGGUAGACACAUUUAAAUGUAGGUAUAGAUGCAAUGACACGUUCGAAAUUCCAUGAUCAGAACUCUUAUGAUCGGAAUAGAAAAGCUGCAUGAACUGUCAAGUCUAGACAGGGCCUCUUCUGACAGACACUGAGACACGCGUGUUAGAGAGCUGCAAGACUAGACACGUAAUUACCGUAGUCUGAUUAGGGUUCAGUGGAUAUAUAGUCUCUGUUUUGGUGAAGUAUUCAGCCUCUUUCUCUCUGGUGACUGGCUGGUCUCAGACGAUCACGCGGGUGAAGAAGGAGGUCCUGGGCUGGCGUGGUUACACGUGGUCUGCGGUUGCGAGGCCAGUUGGACGUACUGCCAAAUUCUCUAAAACGACGUUGGAGGCAGCUUAUGGUAGAGAAAUGGACAUUCAAUUCUCUGGCAACAGCUCUGAUGGACAUUCCUGCAGUCAGCAUGCCAAUUGCCAAUCUGUGGCAUUGUUUUGUGUGUCAAAACUGCACAUUUAUAGAGUGGCCUUUUAUUGUCCCCAGCACAAGGUGCACCUGUGUAACGAUCAUGCUGUUUAAUCAGCUUCUUGAUAUGCCACACCUGUCAGGUGGAUGGAUUAUCUUGGCAAAGGAGAAAUGCUCACUAACAGGGAUGUAAACACAUUUGUGCACAACAUUUGGGAGAAAUAAGCUUUUUGUGCGUACGGAACAUUUCUGGGAUCUUUUAUUUCAGCUCAUGAAACAUGGGACCAACACUUUACAUGUUGCGUUUAUAUUUUUGUUCAAUCUAGAUAUGUGAGGGUUGACUCCUGUCCAGCCUGUCCUCCUUCCUGUCCAGCCUGUCCUCCUUCCUGUCCAGCCUGUCCUCCUUCCUGUCCAGCCUGUCCUCCUUCCUGUCCCUCUAGCAACCAACAGAUGGCCCUCAGACGACAGAAGCUGAGGAGAUGAACAAACUCUGUUCAUCUCUGUCAAAAAUAUUUUUGGCCAAAAACAUAAAAUGGAAUAUUGAAAGAUGAAGGUUUAGGGCCUACUUUCAACUGUGACACUUGGUUAAUUUGGCACACAUUCAGUAAAACAGUUGUGUGUUGCAAAGCUGCUACAGUUUAGGUGACAUUUAUUUAGCUAGGAUAGUCCACUCACAGGGAGUCCUGGGUUACAGGGUAACAGUAACUCAUAGAUAUUUGAGAGCAUUACUGAGUUACAUAGUGAAGCUGCCAAGUGUCCUCUCUCUCUUCCAUGCUCUUUGUGAGGAGUUAUCACAUCUACUGUUCUCUGUUGUCACAUCUACCGCUCUCUGUGAGGAGUUAUCACAUCUACUGCUCUCUGUUAUCACAUAUACUGCUAUCUGUUAUCACAUCUACUGCUCUCUGUUAUCACAUCUACUGCUCUCUGUUAUAAUCACAUCUACUGCUCUCUGUUGUCACAUCUACUGCUCUCUGUGAGGAGUUAUCACAUCUACUGCUCUCUGUGAGGAGUUAUCACAUCUACUGCUCUCUGUUAUCACAUCUACUGCUAUCUGUUAUCACAUCUACUGCUCUCUGUUAUCACAUCUACUGCUCUCUGUUAUAAUCACAUCUACUGCUCUCUGUUGUCACAUCUACUGCUCUCUGUGAGGAGUUAUCACAUCUACUGCUCUCUGUGAGGAGUUAUCUUAUCUACUGCUCUCUGUUAUCACAUCUACUGCUCUCUGUGAGGAGUUAUCACAUCUACUGUUCUCUGUGAGGAGUUAUCACAUCUACUGCUCUCUGUGAGGAGUUAUCACAUCUACUGCUCUCUGUUAUCACAUCUACUGCUCUCUGUUAUCACAUCUACUGCUCUGUUAUCACAUCUACUGCUCUCUGUGGGGAGUUAUCACAUCUACUGCUCUCUGUUAUCACAUCUACUGCUCUCUGUUAUCACAUCUACUGCUCUCUGUUAGCACAUUUACUGCUCUCUGUUAUCACAUCUACUGCUCUCUGUUAUCACAUCUACUGCUCUCUGUGAGGAGUUAUCACAUCUACUGCUCUCUGUUAUCACAUCUACUGCUCUCUGUUAUCACAUCUACUGCUCUCUGUUAUCACAUCUACUGCUCUCUGUUAGCACAUUUACUGCUCUCUGUUAUCACAUCUACUGCUCUCUGUUUUCACAUCUACUGCUCUCUGUUAUCACAUCUACUGCUCUCUGUUAUCACAUCUACUGCUCUCUGUUAUCACAUCUACUGCUCUCUGUUAUCACAUCUACUGCUCUCUGUUAUCACAUCUACUGCUCUCUGUUAUCACAUCUACUGCUCUCUGUUAUCACAUCUACUGCUCUCUGUUAUCACAUCUACUGCUCUCUGUUAUCACAUCUACUGCUCUCUGUUAUCACAUCUACUGCUCUCUGUUAGCACAUUUACUGCUCUCUGUUAUCACAUCUACUGCUCUCUGUUAUCACAUCUACUGCUCUCUAUCACAUCUACUGCUCUCUGUUAUCACAUCUACUGCUCUCUGUUAGCACAUUUACUGCUCUCUGUUAUCACAUCUACUGCUCUCUGUUAUCACAUCUACUGCUCUCUGUUAUCACAUCUACUGCUCUCUGUUAUCACAUCUACUGCUCUCUGUGAGGAGUUAUCACAUCUACUGCUCUCUGUUAUCACAUCUACUGCUCUCUGUGAGGAGUUAUCACAUCUACUGCUCUCUGUUAUCACAUCUACUGCUCUCUGUGAGGAGUUAUCGCAUCUACUGCUCUCUGUUAUCACAUCUACUGCUCUCUGUGAGGAGUUAUCACAUCUACUGCUCUCUGUUAUCACAUAUACUGCUCUCUGUUAUCACAUCUACUGCUCUCUGUUAUCACAUCUACUGCUCUCUGUUAUCACAUCUACUGCUCUCUGUUAUCACAUCUACUGCUCUCUGUUAUCACAUCUACUGCUCUCUGUUAUCACAUCUACUGCUCUCUGUUAUCACAUCUACUGCUCUCUGUGAGGAGGUAUCACAUCUACUGCUCUCUGUUAUCACAUCUACUGCUCUCUGUGAGGAGUUAUCACAUCUACUGCUCUCUGUUAUCACAUCUACUGCUCUCUGUGAGGAGUUAUCACAUCUACUGCUCUCUGUUAUCACAUCUACUGCUCUCUGUGAGGAGUUAUCACAUCUACUGCUCUCUGUUAUCACAUCUACUGCUCUCUGUUAUCACAUCUACUGCUCUCUGUUAUCACAUCUACUGCUCUCUGUUAUCACAUCUACUGCUCUCUGUUAUCACAUCUACUGCUCUCUGUUAUCACAUCUACUGCUCUCUGUUAGCACAUUUACUGCUCUCUGUUAUCACAUCUACUGCUCUCUGUUUUCACAUUUACUGCUCUCUGAUAUCACAUCUACUGCUCUCUGUUAUCACAUCUACUGCUCUCUGUUAUCACAUCUACUGCUCUCUGUUAUCACAUCUACUGCUCUCUGUUAUCACAUCUACUGCUCUCUGUUAUCACAUCUACUGCUCUCUGUUAUCACAUCUACUGCUCUCUGUUAUCACAUCUACUGCUCUCUGUUAGCACAUCUACUGCUCUCUGUUAGCACAUUUACUGCUCUCUGUUAUCACAUCUACUGCUCUCUGUUAUCACAUCUACUGCUCUCUGUUAUCACAUCUACUGCUCUCUGUGAGGAGUUAUCACAUCUACUGCUCUCUGUUAUCACAUCUACUGCUCUCUGUGAGGAGUUAUCACAUCUACUGCUCUCUGUUAUCACAUCUACUGCUCUCUGUGAGGAGUUAUCACAUCUACUGCUCUCUGUUAUCACAUCUACUGCUCUCUGUGAGGAGUUAUCACAUCUACUGCUCUCUGUUAUCACAUCUACUGCUCUCUGUUAUCACAUCUACUGCUCUCUGUUAUCACAUCUACUGCUCUCUGUUAUCACAUCUACUGCUCUCUGUUAUCACAUCUACUGCUCUCUGUUAUCACAUCUACUGCUCUCUGUUAUCACAUCUACUGCUCUCUGUGAGGAGGUAUCACAUCUACUUGACAUGACAGUCUUCAGACGUCUUUAUAACACCAUUCAAAUGCCUGCCAAGGCUACACACUAUGCAUUCCUUUGCAUAUAUGCACGCAUACGCAUAUUACAUACAUUUUGAAAACCAAAAAAAUUAAACAUAUACACUCAUGCAUGCUCCUAAACGGUUCAGAGCAUCAACCACUCCCCAGUAGGAUUUCUAUACUAUUUUGUUUUGUGGUAAAAUGAAUAAUAAUGGCGUUCUCUAUGAUAUAGUAUAUUCACAUUCAAUGUUAUCUACAUGUAUGUAUUAUGUUAAAUAUGUACUAUUCCAUGUGUAUUUACAAAAUAUAUAUAUAUAUAUAUAUAUAUAUAUAUAUAUAUAUAUAUAUAUAUAUAUUUAGGAUCAAUGCAAUUUGUGAAAGUAAACUUCAUUAUGAAGAAGCAUCUAGAGCUGGUUUCCCAGACAUGGAACAAGUCUAGUCCAGGACUAUACAGAGUGGACAAAACAUUAGGAACACCUGCUCUCUCUCUCUCUAACCUCUCACUUUCUCUCUCUAACCUCUCUCUCAUUUAUGUCUCUCUAACUUUCUCUCUAACCUCUCUCUCUCUCUCUCCAACCUCUCUCUCUCUAUCCCUCUCUCUCUCUCUCUCUAUCCCCUCUCCUCUCUCCUCCUCUCUCCCCCCCUCUCUCCUCCCCUCUCUCUCUCCUCCCCUCCCCCUUCUCUCUCUCUCUCCCCUCUCCUCCUCUCCUCCCGCUUCUCCCGUCCACCGGGUCGAUCUCUCUUCUCCACACCUCGAGCUCUCUCUCUCUCAGGCCCCUUCUCUGGGCGUCUCUAUGCCUCUCGAAUCCCCUCUCUCUCUCUCUCUCUCUCUCUCUCCCGCUCGCUCCAACCUCUCUCUCUCCAACCUCCUUAUACAGUAUAUACAGGUAUACACCAAAUGUACAAAACAUUAGGAACACCUGCUCUUUCCAUGACAUGGACUGACCCAGUGAAUCCAGGUGAAAGCUAUGAUCUCUUACUGAUGUCACUUGUUAAAUCCACUUCAAUCCGUGUAGAUGAAGGGGAGGAGACAGGUUAAAGAAGGAUUUUUACGCCUAGAGACAAUCGAGACAUGGAUUGUGUGUGUGUGUGCCAUUCAGAGGGUGAAUGGGCAAGACAAAAUAUUUAAGUGCCUUUGAACAGGGGUAUGGUAGUAGGUGCCAGGCGCUCCGGUUCGAGUGCGUCAAGAACUGCUGGGUUUAUGAAAAAGAGGACAAAGGAGGCUGAUACGAGUUGUGCAGAGCAACAGACGGGCUACAGUUAGUCGACUGCCAGUCCAGUACAAAAUUAAUGGCCAAAGACCUAUAAAAGAUUGCACAACUUGACAUGAAUGGGGUAUGGCAGCUGAUGACCUUAAAAAAAAACAAGAAACUGCGAUUGCAGUGGGCUAAGGAAUGAAAACACUGGAGGAUUGGAAAACAUCGCCUGGUCUGAUGAAUCCCGGGUCCCUGCUGUUUCACACUGAUGGGAGGACUAGGGUAUGGCGAAAACCUCAUGAGUACAUACUAUCAUGCAGCGUGUCAACAUUGCAAGCUGGUGGUGUGAUGGUGUGGGGUGUGUUUUCGUGGCACACAUUGUGUCCCUUGAUAAAAGUGGAGCAACGUUUGAACGCCAUAGGAUAUCUGAACAUCAUUGCCAAUCGGGUGCAUCCCUUCAUGGCAGCAGUGUAUCCAAGGGGACUUGGCUUGGGACAGGAAGGAAGACCAGACAGUGUGAGGAGACUUGGCUUGGGACAGGAAGGAGACCAGACAGUGUGAGGAGACUUGGCAUGGGACAGGAAGGAGACCAGACAGUGUGAGGGGACUUGGCUUGGGACAGGAAGGAGACCAGACAGUGUGAGGAGACUUGGCUUGGGACAGGAAGGGGACCAGACAGUGUGAGGAGACUUGGCUUGGGACAGGAAGGAGGACCAGACAGUGUGAGGAGACUUGGCUUGGGACAGGAAGGGGCCCAGACAGUGUGAGGAGACUUGGCUUGGGACAGGAAGGAGGACCAGACAGUGUGAGGAGACUUGACUUGGGACAGGAAGGAGGACCAGACAGUGUGAGGAGACUUGACCCAGACAUAUAGGAAAUAACAGGGACAUGUUAAAGACUGAAACAUUAGGGGAACCCUCAUCACCUCUUGGAAAGCCAUUCUGGUCUAUCUUUCACAUUAAGUAAUUGUCCCGCUGAAAAAUAAAACAAUCCCAGGGUUAGGUUUUCAGAAGACUACGGCGGGCUUUCCUUCAACUUUUCAUACUUAUUUUGAUCCAGACAAACUCCCCAGUCACUGCCGGUGACAAGCAUACCCAUAACAUGAUGCUGCCAAAAAUAAAUGAUAAUAAAUCAUAGAAGAGUAUAAAUAGGAAGCCAUUUUUAUAAUUGUCUUUCAAUUUGACAACGUGGUGUACAUUUUGUAAAUCUGUAGGAAAAAAUACUAAUUGAAUCCCUUUUUAGAUUCAAUUUUAAGGCAGCAAGAUGUGGAGACGGUGCAAGGAGUGUACGUAGACUUUCACUAGGCACUGUAUAAUAUUAUUCAUGGACCAAUCGUAAUACAGCAGCUUGUUUGGGCCAAGGCCAACCAGUGAUGGGAGGAGUUCAGUUCACAGCAUGUUACCCAGAAGCACCAGGGGACAGAGUGGAUGAAAUGUUUGUUGGCCAUCUUUCAUUCCAGAGCUGUUCUGGAGCAAUGUUGGCAUGACACCUACCAUACGAGACCUAAGACACACCUGUCCAACAUACCUGGAAACGGACUUGAAACACACACACACACACACUUGCACAUACGCUAGCACACACACACACACACACACACACACACUACCAUGCACGCACACUGCAACACACACACACACACACACACACACACACACACACACACACACUACCAUGCACGCACACUGCAACACACACACACACACACACAGAGAAUGUGUGUAUUAGUGGGAUUGUGUGUAUUAGUGGGAUUGUGUGUAUUAGUGGGAUUGUGUGUAUUAGUGGGAUUGUGUGUAUUAGUGGGAUUGUGUGUAUUAGUGGGAUUGUGCAAACACAGCAGGGAGCCACCCUAACAGAGAGAACGUACCAUUCACCACCUACAGGUGGCGCCAGAGCGGUUCAAACUGGAAACACCAAAACUCAUAGGCUUCGUCCGAAAUGGCACCCUAUUCCCUGUAAAGUGCACUACUUUUGACCGAAGCUGUUUAUUUUUAUUUGACCUUUAUUUAACCAGGCAAGUCAGUUAAGAACAAAUUCUUAUUUACAAUGACGGCCUACACCGGACCAAACCCGGACGACGCUGGGCCAAUUGUGCGCCGCCCUAUGGGGACUCCCAAUCACGGCCGGUUGUGAUACAGCCUGGAAUCGAACCAGGGGGGUCUGUAGUGAAGCCUCAAGCACUGAGAUGCAGCGCCUUAGACCGCUGCACCACUCGGGAGCAUCUACCUCAAAUACCUUAUUAUUAUCUAUCCUGAUGUCUAGUCACUUUACCCUGCCUUCAUGUACAUAUAUACCUCAAAUACCUUAUUAUUAUCUAUCCUGAUGCCUAGUCACUUUACCCUGCCUUCAUGUACAUAUAUACCUCAAAUACCUUAUUAUUAUCUAUCCUGAUGCCUAGUCACUUUACCCUGCCUUCAUGUACAUAUAUACCUCAAAUACCUUAUUAUUAUCUAUCCUGAUGCCUAGUCACUUUACCCUGCCUUCAUGUACAUAUCUACCUCAAAUACCUUAUUAUUAUCUAUCCUGAUGCCUAGUCACUUUACCCUGCCUUCAUGUACAUAUCUACCUCAAACUCGGGAGCAGCGAGCUAUGGCCUCUGGUAAUGCACUAUAUAGCGAAUAGUGUACCACAUAGAGAACUUUUAACACAGUUGAUGAUUUGAUUGAGACCUUGCUUGGUUUGUGUUGAUUGGUCAAGGGUUUCUGUUUAUAUAUGUACAAUAAAAUAAUGAUCACAGUUUAACAAAAUGUAAAAUAAAUAACAUUAAUAAUAGUAAGUUUAAAGCAUUUUGAGUGACAGCAAGUUUAGUUAAGACCUAGGCAUUAUCUUCAGUCUUCUAACUACAGAUAUCUGUUGUCCUCAAACUCCAUUUCCCAUAAAACAGUUCAAUAGCAUUUUGUAUAUUUUUUUUGUGAGUCUUUUUUUUUUUUUUUUUUGCGACCUGGGAUGGAAAAAAUAUCUUAGCCCCUCCCCUCCCUGAUCGAUCGACCAACCACAGCUCAUCCCGAUGCCUCUGAUAGCCAAUCACAGCAGUGAGGUGAGGGAGACAGUGGACAGGUCAAAGGUGAAAGUUCAAAGGUCAGAAGCAGAGUAGAGCAGCAGUGUCCAGGCGGUCCGGGUCGUGAACGUUGUGUUUAAUGUUGAACGAUAGAAAGUCAUCUGAAUAACUCCAGUGUCUUAUUGCCAAGGUUCUUUUUAUCUGGGCUCUCUUCCCAAAUCAGGACGUUUGUCAGGAGAAAGUAGAAUAUGAACAUACUGUAUGUUAUAUACAAAAAAACAGGUUGUUAUAAGUAAAUCAGAAUAAUCAGUAGGUGCUGAAGCAGCAGUCACCACCAGCAGUGGAAGGAAUGAUAUCCAACAGAAAUAAUGUCUCUGUCUUCCAUGAAUGUGUCUGUUUUUAUUCUCAGUGAACAACCCUGUCUUCCAGUUACCUUGGCUUGUCAAAUGGCACCAUAUUCCCUAUAUAGUGCACUACUUUUGACCAGAACCCUCUGCGGGUAGUGUACUAUAUAGGGAAUAGGAUGCUAUUUAUGGUGUCUGUGCAGUCAGGUUGGGCAACAAAAAAACAUCCUACAGAAAAAUCAUAAAACGAACAUCAUAAAAAUCCCCAAAAGGUUAGAUAUUUUCUCCUUUAGUGGUUGUGCAAUGGAGAGAGACAGAUACAGAAGGGAGUGGAUGGAGAGAUAGAGACAAGGAAUAGAGGCAGAGUGAGACAGAGAGAGGGAGAGAGAGAGCGAGAGAGAGAGAGAGAGAGAGAGAGAGAGAGAGAGAGAGAGACAGAGAGAGAGGGAGAGAGAGCGAGAGGGAGAGAGAGCGAGAUGAAUGUAGUGGAGAGAUUUAGUGAGAGCGCGAGUAAUGUGAGGGAGGAGUGUGAGAUGGAGAUGGGUGGAUGCGAUAAUAUCCACGGAGCUAUCUGCGCUCUCUUCGAUCCGAUGCACUCCCUCAACGUCGAGCUCUAUCUCGAGACCUCUCUCUCGAAUCCUCUCUAGAUAGAGAGUGAGCUCUUUCUCUCUUGAGAGCUUCUCUCGCUCGCUCGUCGAUGUUAGCGCUCUUCUCUCUGGUCGCUCGUGCUCUCAGUCGCUCAGCCGCGCUCUGCUUUAUUACUCGUAUUGUCAAUGCGAUUUCGGUUCGCGCUCGGGGGCUCUGUGCGUCUGCAUCGGAGUUCUAG